GAACAGAGCUAGACUUAACUCAACCCUUUUAAGAAAAUAUUCACCACUAGCUCGAUUUCAUCAUUGAAGAAACUGAGAUUCAUCAGAAAGACAUAUACGAACACUGGCCUUUAUGUCCCUUCAGUACAAAAUCAUGAGGAGCUCCGGAAGGGUAUUUAUACCUACAUAUUCUGGCCAAUUCUUACCUCCAUUUCAGAGCACGAUUUAGUUAGUGUGUGAAAUAAUCAAGAAUGCUGCUGCUGGACAUACGCCUUGGUGAAUGUGUGUUUGAUGAGACUGACAGUCCCUGUUUUAGGGCAAUGAAAGACAUGGAAUGAAAGUUUCUGUUGGUUUUUUGUCAUCUUUUGUUGAAGAACUGGUAUCCUCAAUUCUAUCAAAAAUGUACAUCUCUCUGUGCAAAAGGCAUUUUUUAUGAAAAUCACCUAUAUAUAAUCCACACACAUUUGAUGCAAGAUAUUUAAAUACAGUAUGAACUGAAAAAUGCUGUAGUGAAAUGUUCUUUUAAAAGUUUCACAGUUCCCAGUGUCUGCUGUAGGUAGGUGAAAACCAACAGCCAGUGUCAAAGAAGGAAGACCUUUGAGCAAUAGGAAAGUCUUAAAAGUGGUGACACUCUUGUUAAUAUCUUUUUUCCAACCAAAUUUUCAUAAGACUAUGGUGGGCAUCUCCAGUCGUGGAGGAUAUCUGCCUGCAGAAACCUUUGAAAGACAAAGGUCUGAUUUUUGUCUAUUUACAUUUUUCCAGCCUUUCCUCUGUGACACAGGCCAACUCCAAAUGUGGCAGCUUUUAGCAGCAGCAUGCUGGAUGCUUCUUCUUGGACCUACAUGUGCUUAUGAUAAAACAAGAAGCAGCAUAAAUCCUGAAGCUAAUAUGAACAUUAGCGAGAUUAUUUCCUAUUGGGGUUAUCCUUAUGAACAGUAUGAUACUGUGACAAAAGAUGGUUAUAUCCUUGGAACCUACAGGAUUCCUUAUGGAAGAGGAUGUCCAGAGAAAACAGUUCCCAAGCCCAUCGUAUAUUUGCAGCAUGGCUUAGCUGCAUCUGCCUGUGACUGGAUUUGCAACCUGCCCAACAAUAGCUUAGCUUUCCUCCUCGCAGAUAAUUGUUAUGAUGUGUGGUUGGGGAACAGUCGAGGAAACACCUGGUCCAGAAAACACCUGAAAUUGUCACCCAAAUCACCAGAAUUCUGGGCCUUCAGUUUGGAUGAAUUGGCUAAAUAUGACCUUCCAGCCACGAUUGAUUUAAUAAUACAGAAAACUGGACAAGAGCAACUCUUCUAUGUGGGCCACUCCCAGGGGACCACCAUAGCUUUCAUGGCAUUCUCUACAAAUCCAGACCUGGCUAAAAGGAUUAAGAUAUUUUUUGCACUGGCACCAGUUGUCACUGUGAAAUACACUCAAACUCCUUUGAAAAAAUUUUCAAAAUUUUCCAGGCAAGCCAUCAAGGCAUUGUUUGGUGACAAAAUGUUCUCCCCUCACACACCGUUUGACCACUUUGUUGCCACCAAAGUGUGCAGUAAGAAGAUAUUCUAUCCCAUAUGCAGCAAGUUCCUAUUUACCCUAGUUGGAUUUGAUGUAAGAAACUUAAACAUGAGUCGCUUGGAUGUUUAUAUGUCACAGAAACCUGCAGGAACUUCUGUUCAGACCAUGAUGCACUGGGGCCAGAUUUUUAAUGCUGAUCAGCUCCAAGCAUUUGAUUGGGGAAAUCUUGAUCAAAACAUGAUGCACUUCCACCAGAUUACACCUCCUUUAUACAACAUUACUAAGAUGGAAGUUCCAACAGCAAUAUGGAGUGGUGGACAGGAUAUUGUGGCUGAUCCUAAAGACAUGGAAAAUUUACUCCCUAAAGUUGCUAACCUUAUUUAUUACAAAGUGAUUCCACAUUACAACCAUAUGGAUUUCUACCUUGGACAGGAUGGAUACCAGGAAAUUUACCAAGAUCUAAUUAGAUUAAUAAAAGAUUGCUUACAAAAUUAAA